CGUGCAUAUAAAUAUAUGCGGAAUUCAUUUUCAUUAUCAGUCUAUUUUCUACUACUGUUAAAGUGUGACGUAUAACAAUUUUACAACAAACGAAAACAAUAACAGCUUCAGCAAAAAUGAAGCUGAUACCACUUACAAUUUUGUUAACAAGCUUGGCAGUGGAUGUCAUAGCUCAAAAGUUUAGACAGGAACAGUUUCCAUUUCCACCACAAUUCCAAGCACCGGGUGCAGGUGUUUUUGCCUCCGACAACACCCUUUACUUACCUCCAGAAUCCCAACCAACGAUUCCAUAUUUUACAAUGAAAAAUCCAAACCUCCAAUAUCCAUACUUACCACCAAUUGGUACUAAAGCACCAGUUAAUUAUCCGUCGCCUUUUCCUUUCGUAAUAUCGACGACACUUGUUCCAAAUUUCGAAGAUGAAGACGAUAAUGAUAGUAGAAAUCAUAACAUGAUACGAAUGUCAACUCCAAAACCUCAAAAUCUUCCUAAAAUGAAUCUCACAACACAAAGGGAUCCUGGACCUGUUAAAGAGAAGGCGGAAAUGAGAGAAAUGAGAACUUUACAACCACUACCUUCUCAUCAAGCUAUGGAUAGAAUAGAUAUGAAACUUCCGAGUAUGCCAAAUUUAAAAUUUCCUCCUUCUUCAACUCCGGCAUCAGCAACCGAAAGACCAGCUGCGAGACGCAUGAUAAUAUCAACUGAAAAUCAAAGAACAGAUUUGGGCCUUGACCAAAUUAAAGCAGCAUCAUUUCAUGGAUCACCGUUUAUUCAAUCUUCAGGCCUAUAUAUACCACCGUCGACAACGGAACCAGCAAUACCUAUACUUCGUUUAUCCAAUGAAAUGGAUUUGGAUGGGAGUUUUAGUUAUGAAGCUUUAGGAGCUGAUCAAACUCAUUAUGUGCAACACAGUCGCAUGGAAAACAUGGGGACUGACAAGGAAGAACAAGUUGUUGAAGGAUCUUAUUCAUACGUCGGCGACAAUGGCCAAACCUUUACUGUUCAUUACAUUGCUGAUGCGAAUGGAUUCCGGGCUAGUGGUGACCAUUUGCCGGUAGCUCCACCGGUUCCAGAGAUUAUCCAAAGAGCCGUUCAGUACAAUUUAGCUGAAGAAGCAAAAAGACCACCACACCUCAAAUCCUGGCAAGAUGAUGGAAGAGAUAACGAAAUAAGAGAAAGCGAAAUAAACAAUAAUUUUGCAAUGCCGCCAACACGCAACUUGUUUACAGGAAGAACCCCAGAAGCCUUUUCAUAUAGUUACUCCCAAGGAACAAACACACAAAAUAAUUUAAUUACUUCAGCAAGUACCCAAGCUCCAAUCAAAACAGUUGACUACACAACUGAACAAGCAAAGGCCAAACCAAGCAGUGGGGCAAUAUCACCGCAAAUAACUUUCCUGGCUUCACAAGGUGCGCACGUUCCCUCUGCAAACUCUAUUCAAGAUACAAUAUCGCGAAUGUUUACAACAGAGAAACCUAUUAUGCCCCAAUUAGUUAACUAUGAGGCGAGAGUUAAAGAGACUGACCAAGAAGCUAAUAAGGGAUUAUGGAGGUGGCAAUAUGGUAUUAAUGCAAACAAUUUAAACCCGAACACAAAUAAACAAACUAUCUCCAGAUCAUUUGGUGAAGACGAUGAUGUAAUAGUCAAUUUCAGUGACAUGACUCCAGAUCAGUAUACGAAAAUGAUUCGAUCACAAUUAGAAUCAAAUCCAGAAAACGUCGUCGUACAACAAUAUAUUCCAAGUCAACAGACUGACAAUAAUCGUAAUCAUAACUUUCUUAAUUACUAUCGAAAUGAACAAACUAGUACACAAAAAGCAUUAGAGAAUCAAAAUAUUAAAAGUAAUAGUUAUACAAUGACUGCAGAAAAUAAACCGCUGUCUCUUUCGACGGAAAAAGUUGAACAGACUACUUUUUUGCAAUCAGAAGAUUGGUUCAAACAAAAUUACAAUUUAAAUCAAAUUCCACCAUUCCCAACAACAGUGAAACCUAUUGAAAAUCGAGAUCCCCGUCCUGCAGCUCUAAUAACACAAAAACAUUUCUUGACUCCCAAUGUUCCGAGUCAAAUCGUAACCCAAUCGUACAAUUUUGAAGACAUUUAUUAUGAACCGAGGAAACUCCGAACACUUAGCGCUGAUUCUUUUGAGAAGUUUGAAUCAAAUGUGCCUGAAAAUGUGUCUAAAACUUCUUUUGAAAAAGGAGUUUCAACUUCCAGUCCAUGGGCUAAUCUUAUUGCAAAUGAAGUCAAAACUACAACUAUACAGGAGCCACAACAUGUCAGUACUGUAGCCGGUAUUAAGCUUACUGAUUUCAUUGUACAGCAAAGCAACAGUGAUUUUUGGCCUAUUACCACUACUACCACUGAGGCACCGCGUCGACUAGAAACUACGACCACAAAAAGCGUUGAAAAUAUCAUCGAAAACAAUAUUUUUUUGAAAAAUUUAUUUAAAUCUGAAAAACCCGAAAGUAAGAUUAAAGAAGUAAGUCAAGAAACAAAGAUUCCAGAAAACCAAAUUAAUAAUAAUAUUCCGGAAAUACGAAGUAUAGAAGAAUAUAAAGAUUCAGAAAUAAAGGAUGAAUACAAAGUUGCGGAGGAAUCUAAGAACGUCGUGUAUAAUUUUGCGGACGAUCACAACAACAUCGAAGCUCAUACUAAAUUAGAAGCAGAACACAAAACAGAUAAAGUUACUAAACUAGUUCCAUUGUACCACCCAAAACCAACAAAUGAAAUAAAGGUAUUUAAAAAGAAACCAAUAGAUAUAGCUGACAUUUUAAAUUACGUCGCAAUGAAAAAUCAAUUCGAAUCAAGCAAAAUGAAACCUAAAUCCAAAACUUCAAGUAACCAUUAUGACCACAGAAAUGAAAUAAGAUUCAUACCCAUUCAACAAGAAAAUGACGAAAGUAGUAUCAAAGUUCCUGAAGAAAAAGCUGUCAGUAACAUCAGAAACUUAAAUUAUGAACAGGAACAAAAACAAAGCAAUUUAGAAACGUUACAUUUUGACCAAGAAGAAAAGCCAAAUAAUUUUAGAACGUUGAAUCAUGAACAAGAAGUUAGAGGGAACAUAAAGAACUAUAAAGUUCUACAUCGAAAUAACAAUAUGAACAGAUAUAAUAGUAGUACUCAAUUGAAGACAGAAUUAUCUCCACCGCCUUUAAAAGCUCCGAGUUUACCUCCACUAGGCCGAGCUGGUCCAUCAAUGAAGAGCUACUUACCACCAAUUUAUGUAUGAUUAACAAAACACUGUGAUUAAUAUAUACUAAAUAUUUUGUAAAUAUGGUUUUCUGAAAACUGCAUUUAUUAGUGUAAGGCUAUAAAGUUUGAUUAAAUGCUUUUCUUAUACGUCGUCGAUAGU